AUGGCCACAGCGGCUUUCCAGGACUCAGCACCAGCUCAGUUCCACUUCCCUCUGGGCACAGCCACUCUACUGUGGGCCAGCACCAUCACCAUGCACGUCUCCAGGCCCAAAUCUGCCAAGGGACAGAGGCCAAGCUUGAGCCACAGUCAGGGCACAGAAGCCUGUCCGUGCCACGUGCCAUGUUCCCCGCCGGCAGCCUCUCCUCGGGAAUUAGUGAAGAGCCGGAGAGCACCGCUCACAAAAGCAGCAUUCCCACCUGCCCAGGUGUCUCCUGGGAAAAUCCCAAAGCUCCUGCAGCAAGUGCCUUUGAAGACCUGCUCCUCCUCCCUGAACAGGUACCGGGUGCUCCCCUCCAUCGGCCGGAAGGGCGCAGGGAGCAGUGCCGUGGAAGCGCUGGCUGAACGGACCAACCGGCUGGAAGUGAGCGAGGGGCAGGAGGAUGCUCCAAAAGCCAUCAAGCCUUUUUCUGGAGGACAGGGAUCUGCCAGCAAACUGUCAGGAAGUGGCAUUCCCACCGAAGACAGCUCACAAGUGUACUGUGCCCCUGAGCAGCGGGGAAGGCAGGUGAGGCAGGAGAGCCCCUGGGUGUUCCCUGCAAGCUCGGAAGAGCCGCACGUGCUGCUCGCUGUCCGAUCUCCCUCUGGGCAGAGGUUUGAGCACCACUUCAAGGCCUCUGACAGCCUCCAGACCGUCCUUGCUGUGGCAGGACAGAAACUGUUGGCCAACUACCAACACUGCAGCAUUGAAACCAUGGAGGUGCCCCGGAGGAGCUUCUCUGACCUUACAAAGUCCCUUCAGGAGUGCGGGAUCCUCCCCAAGUCCGUGCUGUGCAUCCGACAGGACGAGCAGCAGGAUGCAGCAGAUCUCUAG